UCGUCAGUUUGGUUCUAGUUGUCUUCUCCUGGUCUGUCAUACGUACUAACACACAGGAGUUCUCAUGGCUAGACAUUAACUGUUGGACCCAUAGUCAGUUUACAUUCCGGACACAGAUAUGGCCAAUUGUCAAGACUUGUGUGUUCACAUGGUUGGAUAACUGACCAGAAGUUUAGUAAAUUUACAAACGUUAACGCAAGUAUACAUUUGUAGGGCUGUUUGUUCAUCUUUUGAUGCUGUUUUAACAUCGCUGGCCGUGAGCAAAGAGAACCCUGAGGAAAAACAUUGCCAGAAUUUCAGAUGAGCCAAAGCCAGACGUCGCAAGUCUCAGUUGCCAGGGGGUCAAGAUUUUGAUUUGCGCAUCCGGCGCACUCAUCCUUGACGAAACCGCGAAAACAACAGAUCGAGCAGGACGUAACUGCUCAAGGAAUCAUGCAGUCUCAUCAUUUUGAAGCAGGAGCUUACCCCGGAGCAAUAUAUGGAGCGGCGCCGGGAUUUGAGCCCGGGAACAUCAAGCUUCAUCAUUCGUCCUACGCUGGGGACACGGAAGCCGGAUGCUACUCUAAUCACGGAGGAGGUGCCAUCCAGCCUGUGCACGGAUACAACUGCCGCGAUCCUCCGGCGUAUCCGGAAACAUCAUUUUUCCACACCGGCUUCAUGCCCAGUUUUGGAAACUCCAAUUAUUACAAAAUGCCGAACCGGCAGGGAGACAUUAACGAUUACAGCAAUUCUAGAAUCUUGCCCAGAUCUCAAGAUAAUUUUUUACUGAAGCCUCAGGAGAAUCACAGUGGCUCGCCCAACAGCUACGAACAUCUAAGCCAUCACCAAUUAAUGCACCACCAGCAACAGCAGCAGCAUCAGGCGAUGCAGCCCAUUUACGAUGACGCCCCACAAAAUGUGGAUGGAAGCAAGUGCCUCCCAGAGAGUUCCGUCUACGGAAACGGGCUGGUCAAGAUGGAGCCAAUGUCAUCGCACGUCGACUACACAAAAUCUCUGUCGUCGUCCACGACUUUAGCCUCGUCCGUCACGUCGUGCCACCAUCCCGUCGACAUGAAAUCUACGAUUUUAACCAACGCCUCGGACCAAACGACCAAGUUCGAAGACGGUCGAAAUGAAGAAGCGAUGGGCAGCAUGGAUACCCAGCAGGACAAAUGCCCUCUGAAGGAGGAACCUUUAAAAAGCAGCGAAGAGGCAACUGGAGAGGCAAAGCCAACAAUGUCCUACAUUGCCCUUAUAGCUAAAGCCAUCCUCGAGUCGGAGCAGAGGCGGUUGAACUUAGGCUCGAUUUACAAUUGGAUUGAGAAACACUAUCCCUUCUAUAAAAACAAAGGUCAAGGAUGGAGGAACAGCGUCCGUCAUAAUCUGAGCUUAAAUGACUGCUUCAUAAAGGCUGGACGAUGUGAGGACGGGAAGGGCAACUAUUGGGCCAUCCAUCCGGCCAACAUCCAGGACUUUAUGCGCGGAGACUUCCGUCAGAGGCGGCGCUCCAGAAGACGUGGGAGGAAGAAGGAGUGCGACAUUAGCAUGUACCACAUGCCCAACACGUACCUACAGUCAACGGCGGCGCCUCUUGGGUCGGGCAUGGCCUUUAACCCAGCGGCACUCAGUUCGCUGUACUCACCGUACACAGAGGCGGAGAGGCGGGCCUACAGACUUGACGAGGCGCUCCUCAGACAGAGCAUGGGCAACCCGUUCGUCAAGUGGUACCCACCCGGGGUGUCCAGCCCCACGUACGCCGGGUCCACCUCACCGCCUGCUUGUGGUUCAGGGAUGUACACCACCAACGCCACAGGCACCCAGUGGACGCAGUCGUACAACGACACGUCAUCACAGCCCAUGUACCCGCCCUUGAAUACGACCUUCACCAGGUAGAACAGGUCUAGUGAUGUAGACUCUCAGCACUCACACGAAUUCCUUUGUCGUUCUUUGCCACUCUGGUCAAUCUAGAGGGCGUAGCUGUAAUGGAUUAGUCUAUAACGACGAAUGAUAUAAUGAACUAAAGAAGGCGCAGAAUGUGUCAGAAAGAUUUGAGUAUUUCUCUCAACUGUAGGAUGGAUUGAUCCGCAAAAACACAAUCGCACAAAGCUGAUGCUGAUUCAAAGCUGGUAGAUUGCAUAAACGAACAGAAAUACGAGUUUUUAAAGGUAUAGAAUAAACUACAACUCUUGACAUUAUAAAAUAGAUCCACGGUGUAGCUUCAUGCUUGUAGCUUUAAAAAUCUCCAAAUAAUAGAUUGGAAAUGUUUUAUAGACAUGUAUUUAUAAUCUCUGCAUUAACUAGAAAAAAUAUUCAAAAUCAAUCAAACCAAUAAAGUGUCAAACUUUUAGCAGUCGAUAACUCUAAAUUACCGCUGUUGAUAGCUUCAGGCUCAUGGGAGCAGACGGCUAAAUGCAACAAUUUGCUUGUUCAAUCAUUUCGUAAUAUCGGGAUCAGAGUCUUUUUUCUGGCGGAUGUCCUUCAAGUUUAAUCAUUAAUUCCUUAAUUGACCUCCAGAUGUCCACUCUCUGGUAUCACUUCCGGAGUAAAUGGCCACUCCACUUCUCACUCCAGAUUUAAUCAAUGGAACUCUUCAGAGUCAGGAGUUAACAGAAAAGCUCAAACUCGGCGUUGUUUCAGUUCCAAGUUUUAUUUGAGAAAAUGACAUCUUCAACGUAAACUUAACGUGUCAAUGGACACCAACAAAAAUGCUGUAACCUCAGAUCUGUAUUUGUAUAUUUAAUAUUGUUAGUCCGCUAGGACACACUUUGUAUAUAUUUAAUUAACUCUUUAAGUUUUGUUGUAGAUUUUUUUUUAUGAAGUAAACUUUUAGUGCUAAUGUAAUGCCAUAUAGUGAUUGUAAUUAAAUAAAUAAAAAUUAUUGUAAUGUAAUGGAUGUACUGUAAUGAAUGCAAUGUAUUGAAAGCAAUAAAUUUAAUAAGUGUAAUGAAUGCAAUGUAAUGGAUAAUGUAUAAUGAAUGUAAUGAAUAUGUGUACUUAAUGUUAUGAAUGUAAUGUAAUGAAUGCAAAGAAUGUAAUAUAAUGAAUGUAAUGUAAUGUAAUGAACAGGCUGUUUCCAGAGAUGUUAAAAAAAAAAACCGCUGUUUAAAAACACGAACUUUAAUUCUGCCGACUGCUUUGAAGACAGGCGGGUGGGAGUUGGGUGGGGCUUUGUCCAGAGUCCAGACCCUCCUUACCUUGAAGACAUAAUAGAAUGCCAAGUAUGCCCUGAUCAGGGAACAUGCCUUUGAAAGAGCGGGCUGAUAUCAUACAUGACCAUAUGAUGGUGGCCUGGUCGUGUAUUCUACGCUCUUCGGUCUGUGUUCACGAUAGGUUUGGGUUUGAACACCCUUCCUGUAGGAAGUUUGAGCCAGGACGUAAUACUCUGAAAUAAACGCCUAAAACUUGUCAAGUUGGACUUUUAUGUUGACUAAAUUCUCCCCUUUUUUUAAGAACAGUUCGAGCCUGGUAAAGAGAAUAAAAUGGAUUAUGAACAAAUUAUAAUGAUACUAAUCAGCAAUCUGGUUGGAGAGUAUUCAAUGACAGUUUGUUGGUUGCACGAGGCUUGACGCCCACAUACUUUUGUAUAUAGCUAAAGAUGCCAUUUUAAAUAAAUGCAAUACAAUGA